AUGCUGUUAAUCCAACACUGCCUCUUCCUCCUUUCCACUGCUGCUGCUGCUACUGGUAGUUAUUACAAUAACCAUCAACGUGAUGCAGCAGCUCUCCUCCAACUCAAAGCCCACAUCAUCUUCGCCACUUCUUCUUCCGAUCAUCCUCUCUCCCGCAACUGGACCGCCGCGGCGACAGCCCAAGUCUGUAGCAGCUGGGUCGGCGUCUCCUGCGGCCGUCGCCACAGGAGGGUGACAUCAUUGAAUCUGGCGAACAUGGGGAUGCAGGGGACUCUGCCUCCCCACAUUGGUAAUCUCUCCUUCUUGGUUUCUCUCGAUCUCAGCGGCAAUCUCUUCCGUGGGGAUUUGCCCAUGGAGCUGUCUAAGUUGCGGAGGUUGAAGAUCAUCAACCUUUCUGAUAACCAGUUUGGAGGUAGCAUCCCACCGUCGCUUGGGGAUCUUAGGGGUUUAAGGGUGCUGGAUUUGGAGGGAAACCGGCUUUCAGGUGCCAUACCAACUUCAAUUUUCAACAUUUCUUCUCUGGAGAGAUUGAUAUUGGCGAGUAAUAGUCUAUCCGGAAGCCUUCCGGAUGAUAUCUGCAAUCAGUUUCGGAAAAUCGAGGUGCUGAAGGUGUCUCACAAUGAUCUAGGAGGUCCAAUCCCAUCUUUAUUGGGGCGUUGUGGCAAUCUUCAGAACUUAUCGUUUUCCCAUAAUUGGUUUACUGGACCGAUCCCGAAGAGUAUUGGGAAUUUAACUGCAUUGAAGGUUCUAUCUUUCUCGUUCACAAAUUUAACAGGAGUCAUUCCACCUGUCAUAUUCAAUAUUUCUACUCUUCGAAUGGUGUAUCUUUCAGAGAAUAGGUUGUUAGGAAUUCUGCCACAUGAUUUGUGUUCUCAUGCGUGGGAACUUCAAGAAUUAUAUUUGGAUGAGAAUCAAUUACACGGUGGAAUUCCUGUGAGAAUUGGAGAUUGUACAAAUCUUCAGAUUGCAUCAUUAUCUUCUAACCGAUUUUCUGGAAGUAUUCCAGCAACCAUUGGGAAUUGCAGCGUUCUCCGGGAAUUAUAUUUGGAUAACAAUAAUUUGACAGGUAAUUCUAUUUAUUCUUUUGACUGCACAUUUUCUUUCCUUCUGCUUUGGUUUUUUUAUUUUGAUUUUGAAAGUGAAAUUCCUUUGGAGUUGGGUUAUCUAAAUGCUCUUCAAAAGUUGGCCCUUGAUCAAAAUAGAUUAAGUGGCUUAAUUCCAUGGACAAUCUUCAACAUCUCAUCCAUGUUGGCAAUGAGUUUUACUGAUAAUGAAUUAUCAGGAAAUCUCCCACCAACAUUAGGCUCGCACCUUCCAAAUUUGGAGUGGCUUAGUGUUGAGGUCAAUAACCUCAAUGGAAGCAUCCCACCGUCCAUCUCCAAUGCUUCUAAACUUGAACUUUUGGCACUUGCAAGGAAUUCAUUCUCCGGCAGUGUUCCCGAUACAUUUGGCAAUCUUCAAAUGCUCCAACGUCUUGACAUUGGGGGUAAUAGUAAUCUAGUGGUAGAUCCGUCUUUCCUCACUUCUUUAACAUCAUGCAAGAGUUUGGAAAGCUUGGAGAUCACAGAGACGUCAUUUGAGGGAGCAUUACCACCUUCCAUGGGGAAUCUCUCCUCGUCUUUGCAGUAUUUUCUUGUAUUUAACUGCAAGAUACAAGGCAACAUUCCAGGUGAACUAGGAAACUUGAGCAACAUAGUUGAAAUCGAUCUUUCAUCCAAUCGAUUGACGGGGUCCAUCCCACGGAAUAUACAUAAACUGAAGAAGCUUCAAGCCUUGAGCCUUAAUCACAAUGAGUUACAUGGAGUCAUUCCGAAUCAACUAUGUGAGUUACCAUCAUUGUUUGGUUUGAAUUUGGAGGACAACAAUUUCUCUGGACAAAUCCCAGAAUGCUUCCCCAAUGUGACUUCCUUAAGAGAAGUCUACUUGGGAUUCAAUAUGUUAAGCUCUGUGAUACCUUCAUCAUUUUGGGAUCUCACCUACUUGUUGGACUUCAGUCUAGCCAGAAACAAUCUGAUCGGUUCUAUAUCUCCACGACUUGGAAACUUCAAAGACUUGAUCUCUAUGGAUUUAUCAGGAAAUCAGUUAUCAGGCGACAUUCCAGCAAGUAUCGGAGGCCUUACAAACAUACAAAAUUUGUCUCUUGCACUGAAUAAUUUCCAAGGUCCGAUUCCUGAAGCCAUUGGGAACUUGGUCAGCCUCGAGUUCUUGGAUUUGUCAGCUAAUAAUCUCACUGGUAUUAUCCCCAAAACCAUGGAGUCAUUGAGGUAUCUGAAACAACUCAAUGUCUCUCAAAAUGGGUUAUGGGGAGAAAUUCCAAAUGGUGGGCCUUUUGCAAAUAUGUCUUCGGAAUCAUUCUUGUUGAAUCCUGACCUGUGUGGCUUACCCAAAUUUGGAGUGCAACAAUGCACACAAGGACACAACAAGCACUUUGACAAGUUACUAAUUGCAGUUGUGGUUUCGAUCGUCUUGUCACUAGCAAUUGUUGCUUUCACUUUGACAGUAAUGUUACGCCGCCGAAAAAAGAGCUCGGAAGAGAGGAACAAGGUGAAGGAAGAAUUAUUGGCUUCACUAACAUGGAGAAGGAUUUCCUUGCUCGAGCUUCAACGAGCUACUGAUGGAUUUGACGACUGUAACUUAUUGGGAAAGGGAAGCUUUGGUCGUGUAUACAAAGGUGUUCUAGCUGAUGACACCAAUGUAGCGAUAAAGGUGUUUAAUGAAUUGGAAGGAGAAGCUGAUGGUAAUGAUACUGAAUGUGAAGUUUUACGAAAUCUCCGCCACAGAAAUCUCAUUAAAAUUAUCAGCACUUGUUACACGACUGGUUUCAAAGCAUUGGUAUUGGAGUUCAUGCCUAACGGGAGCUUGCAUAAGUGGCUAUAUUCACACAACUACUUUCUCGACAUUUUUAAGAGGUUGGACAUUUUGAUCGAUGUUGCAUCGGCUCUUGAAUAUCUCCAUCAAGGUUAUUCCAUUCCAGUUGUUCAUUGUGAUUUGAAGCCAAGUAAUGUAUUGUUGGAUGGAGAUCUCGUUGCUCAUCUAGCUGAUUUCGGCAUUUCCAAGUUCAUUGGAAGCGGGGAUUCCAUGACACAAACAUUGACUCUUGCUACAAUUGGAUACAUGGCACCAGAGUUUGGCAUGGACGGAAUAGUGUCGACAAAGAGCGAUGUGUACAGUUUUGGAAUUCUUGUGAUGGAAGUGUUCACUAGAAGAAACCCGACAGAAGAAUCAUUUCAAGAGGGGAUGAGCAUGAAGCAAUGGGUUACGACAUUAGUGCCCGAGGGAGUCACGAAGUAUGCUGAUGCAAAUCUACUAAAUUGCAACAGUAAUAGGGAUUUUAAGUCUAGAGAAAGUUGCAUAUCUUCAAUUAUGAAACUGGCGUUAGAAUGUUGUGCUGAUACACCAAGGGAUAGGUUGGCCAUCAAUGACGUACUUGCCAAUCUCAGAAAGAUUAAGUCACAAUUGCAACAAGAUCUUUGUCGUCGAGCAUGAAGACUAUACAGGAAUAAAUGUAGGGAUUGUUUUAGCAUUCGGGUGAUUUAUUGAAUACAUUCUAAGCUUUGUUUGUGGCUAAUCACAUGUUUCAACUUUCAGUUGUCACUCAAAUCCUCAAACACAUCUACUUAUGCUGCAGGUAAUACUGCUUCUAAUUAAAGUGGAAAGUUUGCUACAUUUGUGCUCCAUUCUGGAGUGUAAAUACGUAGCGAAUUCAGCAUUGUGAUUUUCAAAAGGAUUCAAUUGCAGUGUGGUAAAACUAUUCAUCCCUCUUUAUUCACAACAUGAUUUCCUUCCUAAGUUUGUGUAUGUGAUUCUACUAUUCAUCCCUCUUUAGUCCAACUGCCGUUGUGCUGGCAAAUGCUGUUGGCUCUGGGAAAAAGGAUUCUCUCCUUCUUCAGCUGGCUAUGCAUGCUUUUUGUGUUGAUUUAAGCUGGAUGUGCUCCCUGUAUGGAUUUUAAAUAAACUUCUUUGGUCUUACUUCAGCUUCCCAACUACACAAUGUUUGAAAUGCCUGACCAAAUUGAGUCUGCAAUAUCAAUCUUUGUGAACCUUGUGGGAAACUGAACUAGUGAAGUUGUUGAUAGUCCAAAUAUAUAUUGGUAAAACCGUAAUAAGAGGCAAUAUAACCGUGUCAGUUUGGUCUUUGGUAUGCAGUUUAACCGGUAUGACAGAGUACUGUGGAAUCAGAUUAUAUGAUUUGAUGCAUGGUGUUGUGGACCAUGAGCAAAUCUAGAAUAUUAGAGUGGCCGAUGGAUCUUGCGACGAUCAAGGAAAAGGUGAGGAAGAUGGAGUACAAGAACAAAGAGGAGUUCAGACGCGACGUGUGGCAGAUCGCUUUCAAUGCCCACAAAUGCAAUGACGGGCGAAACCCUGGCAUCCCACCUCUAGCUGAUCAGCUUCUAGAACUCUGCGACUUCUUGUUAGGAGAGAGUGCGAGCGAGUUAGCUGGGGUGGGAAUGUAGACAAGUAUGAUGCAGGAGGCAAAGGAAAGUUUUUGCUUCAGAGCUCUUUAGUAGGUCAGUCUCCUGGGGCUUUUAGCUAGCUGCUUCUGGAGUGGUGGCGAUUGGUUGAUUCUUUCCUGUGUUAGGGAUAGGUGUGUCCAAUUCAAAUGAUCGAUCCCCCAUCCCAAGAUGAUAUGCUUCAGAAGACGAGGACGCCCCGUGAUCUUUCCGUUAGUUAAUCUUAGGCUUGGCCCGUCCUGGCUUCAACACGGCAUACAGAAGACCAGCAACAACAAGGAAAGCAGGAAUGGUUGCCAUGUCGAAAACCAGAUGCACUUUCCGCUCUGUUGUGCAGUGAACUGGAUGCAGAAGAGCAAUAGUUGCAUUCACUUGCUCAGAAAAC